AUGGCUUCUGGUGAAGUUGAUAUGUUAUCUCAUGGUUCUAGUUCAUCAGUUACUCAAUCAGUUGGAGUUAUUAUUAAUGAACCAUCAAGUUCUUCUGUUGGUACUCCUAGAGUGUUUACUUCAUUGAGUCCUGGUGGUACUAGAGAAUGGAUUCCUUCUUGUUCUGAGGAGUUAAAACCUAUUGUCGGAAUGAAUUUUAAAGAUCCCGAGGAAGGUUUAUCCUUUUAUAAAGCUUGUGCUACUGCUUCAGGUUUCACUUCUAGAAAAAGUACUACUACAAGAAGGAAGAAGACUGGAAUAGUUGCGUUCCAGUAUGUUGUAUGCAAUAAAGAAGGUUUUAAGGCGUCUCGUAAGCCUGUUGUGGAAGCUGUUGAAGAUAAAUCAGACAAGGCUCGUUCUACACGAAGGCGAAUGCUUACUCGUAUUGGUUGUGGUGCUCAAAUGUGUAUGAAAAACAUUAAUGGAUCAUAUGUUGUGACAUACUUCAAAGAAGAACAUAAUCAUCCUCUAUACACUCCUGGUUGUGCUAAAUUUCAUAAGCAUGGGAGGAAAAUGAGUAUUUUGCAUAAGAAGAUUAUUAUUGUUUUGUACAAUAUGAUAUUUGGGCCAUUUACUGGAGUUGAUCACCAUAAAAAGUGUAUUACCUUUGCUGCUGCCCUUAUAUCUAAUGAGGAUAUAGUGUCUUUUGAGUGGGUUUUUAAAACAUUUGUGAAGGCAAUGGGAGGUAAUGAGCCUCUCUGUUUGAUUACUGAUGAAGAUCCUGCAAUGAAAUUUGCCUUUCCCAAAGUGUUUCGGUCUACAGAGCAUCGGUUUUGCAUAUGGCAUAUUAUGAAAAAGAUGCCUGAUAAAGUGUGCCGUGAUCUUCCACCAGAUUCUGACUUUCUACAAAAGAUUCGCAAAGCUGUUUGGAGUGAAGAGAUUAAACCUGCUGAGUUUGAAGAGAGGUGGGCUAAGGUUAUUAGUGAAUUUAAGUUGGAAAACCAUGACUGGUUGUUGCAAAUUUAUGAGAAGCGUGAAAUGUGGAUUCCGGCUUAUUUUAGGGAUUUAUUCUUGUGUGGUAUUAUGCGAACCACAUCAAGGUCAGAGAGUGAGAAUAACUUUUAUACUAAGUUCACUAAUCCACAUCUUACCCUUGUUGAGUUUUACAUGAGAUUUGAAAGUGCUUUGGAUGCUCAACGCCAUACUCAAGGUGAAAAUGAUAAUUCUUCUAAACAUAAACAUCCUGAAUGCAAAACACGUUCUGCCAUAGAGAAAUUUGCUUCUGAAAAAGAAUUUGGAUUGGAUGUUUAUACUAUUGGAGAAGGUUUUCGUGUCCGUAAGUUUGAUGUUCUUUUUAAUGUUGAAACAUUUGAUACUAGUUGUUUAUGCAAGUCAUUUGAAAGGCAAGGGAUUCCUUGUAGGCAUUUGGUUUGGGUUUGGAAGGCAAAACAUAUUCAAAAAAUUCCCGAGGCUUAUGUGCUUAACCGAUGGAGUAUAAUGGCAUGUAAGAAGCCUAUUUUUUAUUUAGAAGGGAAUGAGUUGGAGCAAUGUGUCCAAGUUGUAGAUAGGAAGAGAUUGUUGAAUGAUUUGUGGAGUGAAAUUCAUUCUUGUGUGAGUUUGGCUCAAGGGAAUGAAUUGACACUUAGUGCUCUUGUGGACAAUCUACGAUCAUUGAGGUUAGAUUUGGAAUCUCAAAGUAGUAUUGUUGAUGGAUUGAGUGGUAGUGUUUCUAGCAAAACUCAAGAUAUUGAAUUGCUUAUUGGAGCUAGUGUGCCUACUGAAAUUUUGAUUAAACCGCCUAAAGUAUCAAAGAACAAAGGAACCGGGGUUCAUGUUCAAGGUAGUGGAAGUGAUAAACGGUUGAAGAGUGAUAAAGAAAAAGCUGUUGAACAAAGUAAAAAGAAGAAGAGGUUGUGUAAAGGAUGUAAGAAGUUGGGUUACCAUGAUAUUCGUAAUUGUCCCGAAAAAGAAAAGUAA